AUGGGGAUUAAAGAUUUCAUUAAGAAUCCAUUGAGUAAAAGUAUUAGCAGUAUCACCAAAGAUGAAACUUCGAAUUAUUUGAAGAGUGAUGAAGGUGAUUUGCUUACUGUGGAUGCUAAGAAAUUGAUUUCAGAAGAGAUCAGACUAACUGAAUCUAUACAUCAUGAUGAAUGCGAAAAUUGUUCAGGAUUAGAUAAAGAUGAUGACAAUGAGGAUGAGACCCUCUUAGAAGGAGAAAAAAUUUUCUCCAAAUUGGUCAUUGAUUGGAGUGAACCCUUGUACAAUACUUCAAAGAUACCAAAAGUCCAUUUCAUUGUUCCAACGUCACAACAAGAUUGGAAACAUGAUGCAUGCCAAGAGAAGCCUGGUAGUGUACAAGAUAAAAUCUCUAAUUGGUGUAAGGCAAAUUUGGAGAAAUAUCAAAAGGAAGAUAUUGGCGAUGGACAAACUUUGACCUGUAGUGUCACCUCAUUGCCAAUAAACAUCAUGGAUAUUGAAGUUAUGAAAAAUACUAAAAAUAAUGUAUUGAUUUUACCUCAUUUCUUGUGGAUCAAUGAUCUACAUUCAUCUAAAGUAGACGAGACUUUAAAUGGUUUAAUACCCGAUCUAUUAUCAAACAACUAUGAUGAAAAACAGUUACUAUCUAAACACAAAAAUCUAUCGAUUGCACAUGAGAAGGCCUUUGUAUUUAUUUGUUCACAUACAACUAGAGAUAAAAGGUGUGGUGUUACAGCACCGUAUUUGAAGAAAAUGUUCGACAGAAAGUUACAAAAAUAUGGGCUAUAUAGAGAUAACUCUGACCUAAGGCCAGAUGGUGUCAAUGUGAAAUUCAUUAGUCAUAUGGGAGGUCAUAAAUUUGCGGGGAAUGUUCAAAUAUAUCUUAAAGAGACAAGAACUUUAAUAUGGUUAGGUAGAGUCACACCAAAACAUGUGAUAAGCCUUAUAGACUAUCUGAUUAUACAAAAAGAACCUACACUACCAUUCCCGGAGAAAGUCCGUUGUAUUAAAAAAUACAAAUGGUGA